ACAAGAUGAGCUGUGAAACUGAAGAAAGGUUAACAAGUGAUGAGCUGGAGUGCAAAAUUUGUUACCAACGGUAUAAUGUGCACAACCGAAAACCCAAAAUCCUGGACUGCCUUCACAGGGUAUGCGCACGAUGUCUGAACAAGAUACUGGACAUAAGCGAUGGCUGCCAUUGCAUCAGCUGCCCCUUUUGUCGCCAUGAAACAGAGGUGACUGAAUACGAGGUGGCCGGACUCCCUGAUGACAUGAACAUCGUGUCCAAACUGGCCACCAGAGACAAGUCAUGCUCGGACAGCAAAGAGGUGGUCCUAACACCCAAAAGCCUGGCUUCAUCCAGCCCUUCUCAUGGAUCCUCCAACUGCUUAGUUAUCACAAUCAUGGAGGUACAGAGGGACUCCCCUAGGACUCCCAGUAGAAACUCAAGCUCUGAUUACUAUGCAGAUCAGAGUUUGGAUUCAAUAUCAGUGACAUCUCAUAAUCAAAUAGACCAAGACCUUUUCUCAAAGCUGUGUAGCCACAUGCCCAGAAUACUGGUUUGGCUGCUAGGUUUCUUCUACUUUGGCUCUCUACCGCUCGGGAUUUACCUGCUGGUGAUUCAGAAAGUGACCUUGGGGAUUGUGUGUGUCAGUCUUGUUCCUUCCAGUCUGACUGUUUGUUUGGUUUAUGGGUUUUGCCAGUGCCUGUGCCAAGGGAUGUGUGACUGUUCAUCAAGAAGCUGACAACAUGUGCUAUCGAACAUGAAGGUGAUUGCAUCAGCCCUGUCAGACCCCAGACAGAAUAAUUACAGCAAAACCUG